CUUGGAGCUCCCAGGAGUGAGACUGGCUCAUCAGAUCUGUCCCUGCGUGAUUCAGUAACCCCAGGUCUCCUCUGUACAGAGCUGAAGAAGGGAAAUGAAGACGCCUUCGCUGAGGGGGAUAUUAUACUCCCGGCUGAUCGGAAUGCCAAUGUGAAGGGUGUGUGGCCCACGACAGAUGGCAGGAUUUCCAUCCCCUAUGAGAUCUCCAAUGACCUUGCCUCAAAGGUGGAUGAUAUAAAUAAAGGCAUUCAAAUGAUCUCCUCUUCAACCUGCAUCAGGUUUCACCAGCGUACCACGGAGACCAAUUACCUCUAUUUCAUAUUCAGCACCGGGUGUGCCUCCUAUGUUGGGAACCUGCAGCAGGGCCCUCAGAAUGUCUUUGUUGGGAGCGGCUGCAGUGGUGGCAACCUAGCGCACGAGCUGAUCCACGCGCUGGGCUUCCACCACGAGCAGUCCCGCAUGGACCGUGACAGCUACAUCACCAUCCAGUGGCAGAACGUCAUGAGCGGGAAGGAAAAUAACUUUGAAAUGAAAGAGGGGAAUACCCUAGGGCUGCCCUAUGACAUGGAUUCCAUUAUGCACUAUGGGGAGUUUUUCUUCUCCUCAAAUGGGGAAGCCACCAUUGUACCUAAAUCGGGAGGUGUGAAGAUUGGCCAGAGAACCCAUCUCAGUGUCCUGGAUAUCAAAAGAAUCAACAAACUAUACAAGUGUGAUACUCGGGAAGUGAUGGCCUUGGAGCAGAACCUUAUCCAAAGUCCCACUGUGAACUCGGGGCCAAGUAACUCCACCAGCUCUCCUGCUGCCUACAGUAGUGUAGAGCCAACUGCUGCCCUGGGCUGGGCCGCAGGGGGAGAGCAGCAUACUUCUGGCACCGCUGGGGCUCCUACAAGCUAUAUGGGUUUCCCCGGCUCCCCUGUAAGCCACUCGCCCACAGAGAGGGCACAAGACGGACGCACGGAGCAGCCUAUCUCCUCUGGUUCUGUGCCGGAGGUGGGCUGGCAGGAGUUCACUGGUACUACAGAGCAGCCUGCUGAGCGCAGCACUGAAGGCCCCAGCCCCUCCCUCUUGAACAGGCUGAAGCGUGCCUGUGACUUCGAGGGGGUCCUGUGCGGCUGGUCGCAGGCCAAUUGGGAUGAUCUGGACUGGGAGUUGCACCAUGAGAUGCUGGUUCCGCCUUCUGCUGAUGACCAGGACCGCUGCAGGAACCUGACCAGGCAGUACCUGUACAUCCAGGCAGAGUUCCCGUGGCAGAGUGGCCAGACUGCGGUGCUGCAGAGUGGGGAGCUGUCUGGAGAGGUGUGCCUGUCCUUCUGGUACAGCAUCUUUGGGGCAGGAGUGGGCUCUCUGGCUGUGCUGGUCCAGUAUAGCACCACCCCUAAUGAUGAGCUCCAGGUGUGGGCAGGCAGAGGCCAACACAGCAGGCAGUGGUUCUUUAAAACUCUGGACAUUACUGGGAAGCCUGGCCAGACGUUCAAGAUCCUGUUUGUAGGCACCCUUGCCAGCGACUUCUGUGGCGACGCUGCCCUGGACGUGGUGCAGGUGGAAAGGGGACCGUGUGGGGGCCAGUACCAUGUGAGAGAGGGGCAGUGGCUGCCUCACUCCUCGGCGCCCCCUGCCGCCUCCUCCUCCUCCCUGUCCCCGGGCCUCCUCCUCCUCUGUGACUUUGAGAGCUCGCCAUGCAGCUGGACGCAGUGGCAGAACAAUGACUUCGACUGGGGUUUGCACAGAGAGGAGGUCCUGAUUGUGGACGGGCCACAGCAGGAGACCGAGGGUGACUGCCCAAAAUCGCAAGGACAGUACCUGUACAUUGAGGCAGCUCCUCGGGUGAGCGGCCAGACGGCGGUGCUGAUGAGCCCCGUGCUGCAGGGCUCCGUGUGCCUGAGCUUCUGGUACCGCAUCCUGGGACAGGGAGUGGGCUCUCUCAGCGUGUACGUGCUUUACACUGACCGUCUGGACAGCUGGCGCCAGCUGUGGGUAGGCCAGGGCACUGGGGUGAGGACCUGGGCCUUUGCACAAGUGGAGCUCUUAACGGAGCCUGAGCAAGCAUUCCAGCUGUUGCUGGAAGGCAAGAUUGGAGAAGGCAACUGUGGAGAUGCAGCGGUAGACAACCUCCUGAUCACACGAGACCACUGUAGCAGCACGGAGAAACACCAGCCCUGCCACAAAGCUGGCGAUCGGUAGAAUAAACAAACAUUUGCUAACCCA